CCAAGAUCUGGAUGUAUUAUAGCGAUGUUCAUCUUCGAUCGUCGUUUUCUCUCCAUUUUUGAUUCUUCUGUUUAUUGUACCUUCAACAAUCAAAAGAUUCCCAAAGAUUCGAGAACCGGGUCAAGUCGGGUCGGGUUGCGUUAUGUUCUCGGGUUAGGUCUCAUUUCGUCUACACCAGAAAACAUAGAAACGACAGCGUUUUUGAGUAGACUCAAAUUAAGAGAGAAGAGCAGAGAAGAAGAUAGCGAGCGAUUAGUAAAAAUGAUGGAGGAAGGUCCACCGGCUCCUAAGGUUCUCCGAAUGAUCUACUUCGUCGGCGCCGGGUUUUUAUGUACUUUCGCGAUCAAUAAGUGGCGUGAGAUCGAGAAGAAUUCGAUUCUGAAACAGCAGGAGACGGAGCAAAAAGGAGAUGGAAGUUUAUUGAAUCAAACGCCUGCAGAUUCGGUUCAGAAAGCGAUGAAAUGAUGAUAUCUCUCUCUUUUCUUUUUGUAAGUUUUAUCUGUACUGUUUUUUGAUCCAGAUGCAGAAGUUGUUACAAUUCUAGUCUCGUUGACUAAACUUUCCUUUGGAA